AUGGGUUUGUGGCGGCUAUGUAGCUUUGCGUCAAAUAUUGUCGAAUCAGAGUACAGCCAGCGGCAGCAGCCGUAUUACUUCCCUGACAAGAAUGACAGCCGCAAUGUCUGGUUUUACGAGAACGCCAGGCCGAGCCGCGACGGAACAUGGGAUGUCGAUACUGCAAACCUUGUACGCUCUGCGGACAACAUUGACUCUGAAAAUAUGUUCGCCCGCACCUCUGCUCUCGUCCUCGCUCUUCCUCUCCUUGCUGCUGCCAGCGCCGUCCCCCGCACUGAUGGUCCUUCGAACCAGUGCAAUACCGGACCUGUUCAGUGCUGCAACAGUCUUUUGAGCUCGACCUCCAGCACCUCCAACUCUCUCCUCGGUUUGUUGGGCAUUGUUCUCGGGGACAUCACCGGUCUCCUCGGUCGAUCGACUCUGCCAGUCAACUGCUCUCCCCUCAGCGUCGUUGGCAUCGGAGGCAACUCCUGCUCUACCCAGCCCGUCUGCUGCACUAACAACCAAUUCAAUGGUCUUAUCAACCUCGGCUGCUCUCCCAUCAACAUCAACCUUUAA